GUUUCUGGAGUCUUUAUCCGGUGUGUUUGGAGGAGGGCGGCCCGCCGGACGGGUUGUCGCUGGGGCCGCGUGGAGGAGCGACGAGGGCGAACGGAUCGGCCGCCGCCGCCGCUGCCGCUGCUGCCCGGGCGCGGAGAAUAAAAAAACUAACCUGAAUUUUGGAGAAAAAUCAAGAGUAGAGAAACAGAUAGAAGACAAGGUUUUUCAGUUUGCAUAAUAUUUCCCUCAUGGAUACAUUUUCAUAGCGUUAUUAUGUGAUAUGAGAAGUUAUUUUUUUUUCUUUGAAGUAACAUGGAUUUUAUACUACAGAAUUAAAAGAAUUGGCUUUAUAGGAAAAAUUGAUAUCUAAAAAGUGGUACAGGUGUUUAUAGAUAACCAUGACAACAUCGUAUAUGAAUGGGCAUGUAACAGAGGAAUCAGCCAUCGGAAUAAAAAAUCUUGAUCUUGCAUCACCAGAGGAACAUCAGAAGCACCGAGAGAUGGCUGUUGACUGCCCUGGAGAUUUGGGCACCAGGAUGAUGCCCGUGCGAAGAAGUGCACAGCUGGAGAGGAUUCGGCAGCAGCAGGAGGAUAUGAGACGCAGGCGUGAGGAAGAAGGGAAAAAGCAAGAACUUGACCUAAACUCUUCCAUGAGACUGAAGAAACUAGCUCAAAUUCCUCCAAAGACUGGAAUAGAUAACCCUAUAUUUGACACAGAAGAAGGAAUAGUUUUAGAAAGUCCUCACUAUGCUGUGAAAAUAUUAGAAGUUGAAGACUUAUUUUCUUCACUUAAACAUAUCCAACACACUUUGGUUGAUUCUCAGAGCCAGGAGGAUAUCUCACUGCUUUUACAACUUGUACAAAACAAAGACUUUCAGAAUGCGUUCAAGAUACACAAUGCUGUCACAGUGCACAUGAACAAGGCCAGUCCUCCAUUUCCUCUUAUCUCCAAUGUACAAGACCUUGUACAAGAGGUACAAACUGUCUUAAAGCCAGUCCAUCAAAAGGAAGGACAAGAAUUAACUGCUUUGUUAAAUGCUCCACAUAUUCAGGCACUGUUACUGGCCCAUGAUAAGGUUGCUGAGCAAGAAAUGCAGCUAGAGCCCAUUACAGAUGAGAGAGUUUAUGAAAGUAUCGGCCAGUAUGGAGGAGAAACUGUAAAAAUAGUUCGUAUAGAAAAGGCUCGUGAUAUUCCAUUGGGUGCCACAGUUCGUAAUGAAAUGGACUCUGUCAUCAUCAGCCGCAUAGUGAAAGGAGGAGCCGCAGAGAAGAGUGGACUCCUACAUGAAGGCGAUGAAGUUCUAGAGAUCAACGGCAUUGAAAUUCGGGGGAAAGAUGUCAAUGAGGUUUUUGACUUGUUGUCUGAUAUGCAUGGCACUUUGACAUUUGUUCUGAUUCCUAGUCAACAAAUCAAGCCUCCUCCUGCUAAAGAAACUGUAAUCCAUGUAAAAGCUCAUUUUGACUAUGACCCUUCAGAUGACCCUUAUGUUCCAUGUCGAGAGUUAGGUCUGUCUUUUCAAAAAGGAGAUAUACUUCAUGUGAUCAGUCAAGAAGAUCCAAAUUGGUGGCAGGCCUAUAGAGAGGGGGAUGAAGACAAUCAGCCUCUAGCUGGACUUGUUCCAGGGAAAAGCUUUCAGCAGCAAAGGGAAGCCAUGAAGCAAACCAUAGAAGAAGAUAAGGAGCCAGAGAAAUCAGGAAAACUGUGGUGUGCAAAGAAGAACAAAAAGAAGAGGAAAAAGGUUUUAUAUAAUGCCAAUAAAAAUGAUGAUUAUGACAAUGAAGAGAUCUUAACGUAUGAGGAGAUGUCACUUUACCAUCAGCCAGCCAAUAGGAAAAGACCUAUUAUCUUGAUUGGUCCCCAGAACUGUGGCCAGAAUGAGCUGCGUCAGAGACUCAUGAACAAAGAAAAGGACCGCUUUGCAUCUGCAGUCCCUCAUACAACUCGGAAUAGACGGGACCACGAAGUAGCUGGUAGAGACUACCACUUUGUGUCACGGCAAGCAUUUGAGGCAGAUGUAGCAGCUGGCAAGUUCAUCGAGCAUGGUGAAUUUGAGAAAAAUCUGUAUGGAACCAGCAUAGAUUCUGUACGACAAGUCAUCAACUCUGGCAAAAUCUGUCUUUUAAGUCUUCGAACACAGUCUUUGAAGACCCUCCGGAAUUCGGAUUUGAAACCAUAUAUCAUCUUCAUUGCACCGCCUUCACAAGAAAGACUUCGGGCAUUGUUAGCCAAAGAAGGCAAGAAUCCAAAGCCUGAAGAGUUAAGGGAGAUCAUUGAGAAGACUAGGGAGAUGGAACAGAACAAUGGCCACUACUUUGACACUGCGAUUGUGAAUUCAGAUCUUGAUAAAGCCUAUCAGGAACUGCUUAGGCUCAUUAACAAACUGGACACUGAACCUCAGUGGGUGCCAUCUACUUGGCUAAGGUGAAGGAAACAGCUAUUCUAUUCUGUCAUCAUGGUGAACUUUAUUUGGCAAACCAUACCAACAUGAAGAUGGCUUCAAUGCUGAGAUAAGGGUAGAGGGAGGCAGAAUAAGCAGCUGACCCAUUUGUAGAUCUCUUAAACUAGUGAGAAAGGUCCCUUAGGCAGUUUGUACACAACACUCUUACUUCCUGUGCAUAGCUUUAGGGAUCCUUGGCUUGUUUGGAGAUUUAAAAUGGAAACUUUCUUCAGAGCAUUUCUGAUUUAUCCUGGUGAAACUUUUUGUUUCCACCUUCCUGACUCUGCUUCUCAGUCAGAUGUCAAUGACAAAACUGGUAUAGUAUAUACAUAAUACUCCAUGUCUCACAGAGUAACAGAUAUUAACAUUAUUUAACACUUAACUUAAAUGACUUGGUGGGAUUAUUGGGAGAAGGGGCUGUGCUUCUGUGCACUGGGAAUAACAGUAUUUUCUUAAACGACUGAUUUAGUCAUCAGAAAUAUUUCUCUUAAAAAGAAAAAAAUGCCGCUUUAGUUUGUAGUGACUUUUAAAGUUUAUUUUAUGUCUUAUCAUUCUAAAAAAAAAACAUUCCAUCAGAAGUACCAACUUUGCUGGACAUGGCAGGGCAUGCUUUUAAAUCCCAGCACUCAGGAGGCAGAGGCAGGUGGAUCUCUGAUUUCGAGGCCAACCUGGUCUACAGAGUGAGUUCCAGGACAGCCAAGGCUACACAGAGAAACCCUGUCUCAAAAAACCAAAAAUAAAAAGAGAAGAACCAACUUUUUAGUCCGGACUUUGUGGAUGAAAAUGCACACUCAGCAGCCUCUAGUGUAGUUAAAAGUAUACAAAAGAUGCUGACAUUUUUUAAGAUAGAAUUUUCUAAAUUCUUUUAGUAAAUUGUGGUGAUUUGAUAGCCUUGAUUCCUUUCUCUGAUACAAGAAUUCAUAUAAACUGUGUUAACCAUUGAAGUUUCUUCCUUGUGAUGGAAAUAGUUUUUUAUUUCCAUGGAAAGAUAUAAUACAUUUGACAGUUUCUGCAUUUUUAUAUCAGAGUACAGAAUUUUACCUAUGACUGUGCUAUGUAUGUAAGUAUCAAACUGGAAAUCUGCUGUACUGUAUACUAAUAUUUAAUAGACUAAUAAAUAGCUGCCUUCAGCAUUGGAAUACACUUUUAUACACUGAGGGAAUACCAUGACAACUAACUUUGAGAUCAGAUGGAAGACUUAAAAGUCAUCGAGCAUUUUAGAAAAGGACAUUGGAGGAAAGUUUAUUUAAGCAUGUACAGACAAGUUUCUGUCCUAACAACGUCUGCCUUGUGACCGGUAUACAACAGCUUGCUAAAUCUUAAAUGUUGAUGCUAAUAGGAUUUUUGUACUGUUUCUACAGCUACAGCUUUAAAAUGCAGUGUCUACAAAUCUGCAUGGACAGUUAACUUGUAGUCUUCUCAAGCCUAUAAGCAAAGUGUAAUGUGUGACAAUGUGAAUGUCUCGAUUUUAUUUCGCUACAGCAGUUCAUGUUCCCAAAGCUAAACACUGGAAUGAUACUCACUCAGCACCAGCAGUUGUUGAUGUCUGUCUGUGCCGUCUGUGUGUCUGAUUUCUCUUCUAGAUAAUCUUAUUGGAACAAAUUAGAGCUUGUGAUGUCUUUUUAUGUUCAGUUUUUGCAUGCCUUUUGUGAUUGGCUGGCAAGUGUGUCUAUUUAGAAAUAUUUUUUAAAUGAUUUUCCUUAGGAAUAAAGGAACAUUCUUGGGUUGAAGGAAGGAAUGCUGUACAGUUUCAAAUCUGAACACUUCCAGUUUACAGCAAGAAAAAUGCAAAGUCCACAUCCUUGUCAGCAUUGAAGGUCAAUUGAUACUCAGCACUUCAAAGAUGAAAUCUUUUCAGUUUUCCACUGUGUUUUCUCCUCAGGAAUGAAAGGGUAGUCAGUGGUCAGUAGAGCUUUGUGAUCUGCAUACUGACUGAAAAUACUGACUGACAGAGACUUGGUGCACACCUGUAACCCUGGCAGGAAGAUCUAGAGUUCAAGGCUGGCCUGAGCUACAUGAGACUCUAUCUCCAAAAGGAAAGAAAGAAAAGAAAAAGACAAAAAAUAUGGUUGGAUUUGAGGAAAGUUUUAAGUAGUGUCAGUGCCACUGGGGACAGUGGGGCCAUGUGCUAUCAAGACUCAAACACGUGACCUUCACCGGCAGAGCCUAUACUCAGGCACGUGCCAUGCCACCAUGCCUCCUUUUAGACUGUGAUUUUCAAGGUCAGUGAGAUCCUGUAGUUCUCUUUACUCAUAUCCACAGAUGGAUAGUAUAUGUCCUGAACUUUUCUAAAUCCUAGCGAUUAUGAAUGUACUAAUGCUCAACAUAGUCCCUAAACAGUGAAAAGUUAAGCUAUGCUAACAAAAAAAAAAAAAGCAACACACACAAAAAGCUUUGUUAUACAUAUAAUUGUACGGUAUUAAGGCCAAUUCGAUUUCCCAUCCCUCUGUGGUUGAUUGGAAACUGUAUUGUGGUUGGCAGCUGAUAAGAGUUUUGCCUAACAUGCACAAAGCCCUGGCUAGAUCCCCAGCCACUACAGAAACCCAGCAUGGGGGUUCAUGGCUGUAGUCCCAGCGCUUGGGAGAGUGAAAGCAGAAGGAUCAGCAGCUCACGGUUAUCAUCAGCCACAUGAGACCCUGUCUCAGAAACAAAAGUAGAUAGUAUCAGCUAAUGACAUGUCCUUGGGAAACCCAAACAUUUAAAUUUUCCAAUGUCAGAACAAAUAGGACAUUAGUAUUUAGACUGGUCCAGAUUUUUUUUUCUAUGAAAAUCUAGUGUAUGGAUUGUUUUCCUUCUCUCGUGGCCUAAGGAGUAAAUAUUGACAAGGAAUGAUUUGAAUGUAAUUUUUGUGAAUGUGUAAAAUAUUAACCAGGGAUUUCUCCUUCAUGAAGGUAAUCACUCUGACAUUCGUUGUUGACCUCCCUUAGGACUGUCUUGUCCUCCACUCGUUAUCUUGAGAUGUCAUACUGCACACUGUAUUAUAAAAAUAAAAGGUAAAACUAUGUUUCAAAUCA